UAAAAAGUGUUCACGGAAAAGGAAAAUUCGAAUACUGGUACGGAAUAGAGUUACCGUUAUGUAGGCUACUGCGCGCCAGGGAUUGGAACCGUGUGAACGUUCUCGCAAAUCGAGCUUUGGUGUGUGCAACGCACGGCAGAGUCUCCAAUCCAAAAAGAAACGUAUAAUAGUGGAAUGACGAGACACCGUUGUAAACAGAAUACUGAUGCGACGGAACCCGCAGUCUGGUGUAAAAUACGAACGAUGGACUAUGGAGAAUCCAAUCAGGUCAAAUUCGUCAAUCGUACAAAAAAAGACGGGACUGUCAAAAUCCGUCCACGGAUUUCGAGACGACCUUGGACAUAAAAGCUGCUGUAGAUCGAACUCGAAGCCUUUUGAAUUAUGAAUGCACAAAGAGAGACGUACACUAUCACCACUGAUAGUUCUACCUCGAUGCAGCGCCGACCAGUGGUAGCCCUUGUCACGGCAGCAGCUCUGGCACUGGCGCUCGCUCUGGCAUUGGUCCAGCAGAACGCUUCAUCGACGACCGCAUCGACACUGCGUAUUCGCAAUAGGCAAGACCUCGGGACAUUGGAACCGUCUGCUUCUUCUCGUCGCCGUCAAUUGGGCAAGCGGUUAAGAUACCAAAAUGUUGCUCGGAGCGCUCUGCCGAACAAUACGGAAGAGGAGCAACCGUCGGAUUCUAUCAAGAGUAUCAAGACUCUCGAACACUCUACAGAGGAACCUUUUCAGCAAAAUAUCUCAACAAUCGACGGCGUACGAGGUUUUCUGUCGAGCAGUAUUCCGCUCCCUCUGGGAGAGAAUCCGGGUAUUCGGGAUGAUGUAAAGCUCCCCACCGUGGAAAAGCUAGUCGACUUGGGCUACGAUAUCGAGCUGCCCAACGGUCAAGAUUUGCAGGAUUUGGUCUCCGGCAGCAAUUUCACCAUCCAGGACGGUUUGGAAGCAUGGUUUGGAGCAAUCGAUCCGCCAACUAAUGAAGAAUUGCAGGACUUGAUCGAAAGCAUCGAGCUCCCGACGAAAGAGGAACUGCAGGACCUGGUCAGCAGUAUCGACCUUCCAAGUACGAAGGAUUUGCAGGGUUUCGUCGCCGAUUUCGAUCAUUCAUCCAGCGGAGAUCUGGAGGAAGUCCUGAACUCAAGCGAUCUUCCCUCCGCUAAAGAUGUGAACGACUUUAUCGCCGGUAUCGAUCUCCCCAGCGACAAGGAAAUUAUCGAUUUUGCGGAAAACCUUGACCUGCCUGCCAAACAAAAGUUGCAAGACUUUCUUGCGGCGUUGGUCGACCUCCCUCGUGAUGUAUCCAUCGAGACAGUAGUACCUUGA